CGAGUUGUUCCUCCAGCUGCAGUCGGCUCUGAACUGAAGGGUUUAUAUAGUGCUGCUAAAUUUAGGCUCCGCUGAGCGGUCAGCCUCCUUAUCCUGAACGUGUUUCCUCCUCUCUUCGCAAUUGGUUUGGUGCUUGCCCCCCGUGCCUUUAUUUAUAAUGUAGACCCCCUCUCAGCGGCAUGAAAACUUUUUUCCUUAUUGCACAUAACUCGAUGCACACGCAGACCUCUCUCCAGGCGAGUUUAUGGAGAGCGACCUUAGCUUAGUUUAAUCGCAGCUGCUUCUUAUUUCUUUUCUUCGACUCGUUGUCGCUAUUGCUGGCAAUCCGACCCGGUUUAAGAAAGCACAGACAUGGCUCUAGCCGAAACCAUCCUGCCUUCUUUUUCGACGUUUUCCAACCAAAGAGAGAAAUGCCUCCAAGAUAAAUGGAAGGCUUCCUAUGAUUCCAAGACUAUGCAAAGCAGUUGCAACGUGUCCCAUGGAAUGCACAGUACAGACACAUUCUGCUCCAAGAAAGAAGAUGAAGAUUUAAAUAAUGUCCUGGAAUUUGUGCUGUCUAUGGGAGCCGACAGAAACGUUCAGACAUGUGAAGACUAUUCACUGUCAUCUCCUGAACACUGCACUUAUUACCAAACAAACCCUUCUCCAGGGGGCUACAGCGCAGAUCACAGUCCACCACCUUACACUUCAACAAGCCUUAUGACUGAGUUGAUGAGAUCUGACAUGGACAGCUUCUGCCAUCAAAACAGUUUGAUUCAGGGGAGGUUUUUUGUAUCUUCAGCUUUUGACUUUCCAGACUCCAUCAAAACAGAACCAUGUAUGGACUCUUAUGGACCUGUCAUCGGCUUGGUCCCCCAGUCUUGUUCAAAAAUUAAGCAGGAAGGUAGCACUGCUUGCAUGAUGGCAUAUGAUCAACCAAGACUAGCCAAUUCUCCACAAAUGGGUGGCAUUGACACUCCACCUAUGAGCCCAGAUGAACUAAUGCUAAAUGAGUGCCAGACUCAGCUUAUGUGUCACGCCACCCUGCCAUACUCGCAUGGAUAUCAGAAUACAGCAGCUUUCCAUCAUCCAUCUCCAAUCCAGUAUCAAAGUGCAUCACAGUACAGUCUGUUUGAGGACAGUUUAUCUAUGCAGCCUACUGCCACCAGGGGUGUCCUGACUCCUCCAUGCUCCCCUCUAGAAAUCCUAGAUGCCAAACCAAAGAGAGGGCGCCGAUCCUGGCCCAGAAAGAGGACGGCGACGCAUACAUGCUCGUAUGCUGGCUGUGGAAAGACUUAUACCAAAAGCUCUCAUCUCAAAGCGCAUCUACGAACACAUACUGGUGAGAAACCUUAUCACUGCAAUUGGGAAGGUUGUGGAUGGAAAUUUGCAAGGUCCGAUGAGCUGACGCGCCACUUCCGCAAACACACCGGGCACCGACCCUUUCAGUGUCACCUGUGUGACCGUGCCUUCUCCCGAUCAGACCACUUGGCACUGCACAUGAAGAGGCAUAUGUAAAGUCUUGGCGGCUGUGAAGCAGUUUAGGGUGACACAACCACAUAAACUUUCCGUGUAACUUUGUCGAGGUCUCACUGUAGCUGGUACUGCAUUAUGGGGGCGACACGCUUUCCGUAACUCUAGUGGACCUUGCAAGGAAUGACUUGAUUUAAAGAAACACAGGCUGGACCUAAUAACUUGAACUUGUGCAUUAACUGGAAUGCCUCUUGCAUGGGGUUGCUUAAAUAUGUUGGUAGCUAUAUAUCAGUCCUUAAUGAUUGUUAACACUUUGCUUGCUUAAGAGCAGCAAAAAGUAUUUUAAAGGGCAUUGAGAGUUCUACGUGGGAU